AUGGGCCCAAGGAUGGGGUGGCCCUGGCAAGAGCUGAUUUGGGAUGGUUUGUUGCUGGCUGUGGUGACGAUCCAUCUCUUCCUGACGCCCUUCACAAAAGUUGAGGAAAGCUUCAAUCUCCAGGCCUGCCAUGAUGCGCUCCUGCAUGGUACAAAUUUGAGAGAGUGGGACCAUCUGCAAUUUCCAGGCGCCGUGCCCCGCACCUUCCUUGGAUCUAUCGUGGUCUCCGCUCUCGUAUUCCCGGUGCGCCUUUUGUUGGGAAUUCCCUCAUCCUCCUCAUCUUUGCUGCGGCUGGUGCGCUUCAUGCUCGGCUUCCUUUCGGUUGCCGCCUUUGCACGUCUUCGCCGGGCAGUUGCUUUGGAGUUCGGCUUGCAAGCGUCACGCGCACUGGCAGUCAUAACCUUUAUUCAGUUCCACCUGCCCUUCUACAUGAGCCGGACGCUUCCGAAUGUGUUCGCUUUGCAGCUGGCAACCCUGGCACAUGCGCAUCUGGUGGCUGGCUCUGGCUACCGAUGCCUUGUGUUGCUAGGCCUGGCAGCUGCCGUGUUCCGCUGUGACCUUCUGGUCUUGAUCGCUCCCGUCGGGCUGCUGUUGCUGUGGCAGCGACGGGUGGACUUCUUUAAAGCUGCGGCUGCAACUGCCCUGGCUGCUCUCUUGGGUGCUGUGGCGUCGGUGUCCGUUGACUCUGUGCUGUGGCAGCGAUGGCUGUGGCCAGAAUUCGAGGUCCUAUGGUUCAACACCGCCGAGAAUAAGUCCAGCGACUGGGGCACUCUUCCGCCGCUCUGGUACUUCUACUCUGCUCUUCCCAAAGCUCUCCUGGGAGCAGCUCCCCUUCUGCUUCUCGCCGUCAUCGUAGAGCCACGGGCGCGGCAACUGGUUCUGGUGCCUCUUACUUUCGUGGCUCUCUACUCUUUCCUGCCCCAUAAGGAGCUACGCUUCAUCUUCCCGGCACUGCCUCUGCUGAACGCGGUGGCGGCCACAGCCGUGGCACGUGCACUGCGAUGGAAGGGACUCUGGAGGAGUCUUGCUGUCCUUGGCCUCAUUGGCCUGGCUCUGUCAACCCUCCUUGUUACGGCUACUAUGACGGUCGCCUCAUUUCUCAACUACCCUGGUGGAGUUGCUCUUACAGGUCUUCAGGUGAUGGAGUGUAACUCCUCCCAACCCCUGGCGAUACACAUUGGGAACUUGGCAGCUAUUUCCGGAGUGUCCCGGUUUUUGCAGGAUCGUCAGGAUUGGCAAUACUCCAAAGAAGAGAAUCUGGCGCCGCAAGCUUUGGCAACAAAGGGCUUUGACAGACUGCUCUCUGAAUUUCCCGAGGUACCUGGCUAUGAAUGCAUUGCCGUAGUUGAAGGUUUCCAGCGGAUGAGGCUGCAAGCAAAGUGGCCGCCGGUGGGGGCGCUUGUCGCUCCACAAGUAUAUGUAUUGUCAAAGUCAGAAGCUGGUAGAACGAUCGCGUGCAGUGAUGAGAUGCACCCGAAGUGGAGUGCCUCUCUCCGUCCAGAUUUUCAAUUCUUGCACUCGUGGAGUCCUUCCUGCCCAUAG